GCUGCGUCUCAAAAGGGGAGAAUUCCCUGUCACCAUCAGAGAAGCAACAGCCCCGAAAUGUGAUUGCAGUUGACUAGCAAGGCAGAGAGGCCUGGGAGUCUCUGUAUUGAUGGCUUAGAAUAUGCUAAAAAGCCAAUGUUUUCUCUGGGGAAUUCAGGGCCAGCUGGCACCCAUGACAGUGACCUGGAGCAAGGGAGUCAGAAGACAGUUGUAGAAAGCAGGAGGGAGCUUCUGCAGGACUGACUUGGACUGCCAACAGGAGGCUCCUGCUGCAGCUGCUGCGCAGGUCAUGGAAUGUUGGUGAGGUCCUCCACCCAGGGGAGCAAGUCCUCUGUGCAAGGGGCUGCCUGGUUAGGGAGGACUCCUGUCAGUCCGACUGACCCCUAAUCCCUACUUUGAACUUGAGGACCGUCAGAGCCCUGGAAGAUGAGGACUGGGAAUACCUCCACCAUGGACCGGGCGGGGCUGGUGGUGAAGAGGGACUUCUCCUUCCGCAUCCUCACUGCCUGCUUUUUGUCCCUGCUCAUCCUGUCCACCCUCCUGGGGAACACACUGGUCUGUGCUGCUGUUAUUAGGUUCCGACACCUGCGUUCCAAGGUGACCAACUUCUUUGUUAUCUCCUUGGCUGUGUCGGAUCUCUUAGUGGCUGUCUUGGUCAUGCCCUGGAAAGCAGUGGCUGAGAUUGCUGGCUUCUGGCCGUUUGGGUCCUUCUGUAACAUCUGGGUGGCCUUUGACAUCAUGUGUUCUACUGCAUCCAUCCUCAACCUCUGUGUGAUCAGCAUGGACAGGUACUGGGCUAUCUCCAGCCCCUUCCGUUAUGAGAGAAAGAUGACCCCCAAGGCAGCCUUCAUCCUGAUCAGCGUGGCGUGGACCUUGUCUGUCCUUAUCUCUUUCAUCCCAGUGCAGCUUAGCUGGCACAAGGCAAAACCCACCAGCCUUUCUGAUGGGAAUGCCACAUCCCUGGAUGAGACCAUAGACAACUGUGAUUCCAGCCUGAGCAGGACAUAUGCCAUUUCAUCCUCCCUAAUAAGCUUUUACAUCCCUGUGGCCAUCAUGCUUGUCACCUACACCAGGAUCUACAGGAUCGCCCAGAAACAAAUACGGCGCAUCUCUGCCUUGGAGAGGGCGGCAGUCCAUGCCAAGAAUUGCCAGACCACCACCGGUAAUGGAAAACCUGUCGAAUGUUCUCAACCUGAAAGCUCUUUUAAGAUGUCCUUCAAGAGAGAGACUAAAGUUCUGAAGACUCUGUCGGUGAUCAUGGGGGUGUUUGUAUGCUGCUGGCUGCCUUUCUUCAUCUUGAACUGCAUUCUGCCCUUCUGUGGGUCUGGGGAGACCCAGCCUUUCUGCAUCGACUCCAUCACCUUUGAUGUGUUUGUGUGGUUUGGGUGGGCUAAUUCCUCCUUGAACCCCAUCAUUUAUGCUUUCAAUGCUGAUUUUCGGAAGGCAUUUUCAACCCUCUUAGGAUGCUACAGACUUUGCCCUACUACGAAUAAUGCCAUAGAGACAGUUAGCAUCAAUAACAAUGGAGCCGUGGUGUUUUCCAGCCAUCACGAGCCACGAGGCUCCAUCUCCAAGGAGUGCAAUCUGGUUUACCUGAUCCCACAUGCUGUGGGCUCCUCCGAGGACCUGAAAAAGGAGGAGGCAGGCGGAAUAGCCAAACCCUUGGAGAAGCUGUCCCCAGCCCUGUCAGUCAUAUUGGACUAUGACACUGACGUCUCUCUAGAGAAAAUCCAACCCAUCACACAAAAUGGACAGCACCCAACCUGAGCUCCUGGAUGAAUCCACCACACAUGCUCAUCCUGAAAGCUCCAGGAGCUUUCUCUGGGGCUUGCUGUUAAGAAAUUAAGGUUUGGUGAGACUCUGGGGUGUCAGGAGAGCCUUCUGCUGCUUUUCAACACAUAACAAACUAUAUUUUCAAAUACAUUCUAGUGUAUUUUCUGUGUUGUUGAUAGUCAAGCAAACAGGGACACUGCAAACGUGGGAAGCUACAAGGGACAUGUCUUUGGCUCCCAAAUUGUUUUUAGAAAUUUAUUUUUAUCUUAAGAUUUAAAAAAUAGGGCAAAGAAUCAGCAAUGAACAGCUUCACUUGAAAAAUCAAACCUUUUCCAGGAAAGAAAUCAGAAGGGUUGAGUUUGCUGUGUACAAACAGGUGCUAACAGUGUUCCAAGAAAAGUUUUCAGAUUGUAAAGGUAGGUGCAUGCCUUCAUAAAUUAUUUCUAAAAAAUAAUUGAGGCUUAUAGUAGCAAUGGGAUUUUUUUUCAGAGUUGUGAGAUGCUUUGGUUUUAUUUAUUUAUUGUAUCAUAUGGAUAUUUAUAAUUUAUUAUAAUAAAUAUAUAUUUAUCAUAUUUAAUAAGAUAAACUAACAAGUUACCUGAGAGCUUACAACCACAGUUUUGCCCUUUAAACUAGCACUAUACAAGCCAAUGAAAUAAACACACAGACUCUGUGAAAUCCUAACAAGUGCUUGUGUAUAACU